CCACGGCUUCCAAAUUGCGAUCCUCGAGUGGCGGCUCUGCUCUGUCCGUUGGCGAAGCGUGCUAAACCUCGCAAAUUAUUUAUAGUCCUUUCCCAGGCUUUGCCGGAAGAGCCAUUCGAAAACUCUCUCUCUCUUUCUAACUCUUUUUCCAAGUUGCAGUACUCACAUGCUGAGGUACUUCUUUCCUCUUUUCCUUCGUGAAUUGAUAGAAAAUACAGUACUUCUCUACCUUAUUUAAGAUUGUUAGUUUGGGACCGUUUCUUCCUUAGUAUGUAGAGAAUUCUGGGUGUUUAUCGUUUUGAGCCAAAAGGUAUGGUCUUUGUGAAACUUCAUGGUUGGCUUAGCCUAUGGAGGUAAGGGAGCUUGUGUUUGAUAAAACUCCAUCUCGGUAUUAAUGGGCGUUUGUUUUUAUUUGGGAAAAAAAUGCUUGCUUGAAUCCGGUUUGUUUAAGAAGAAAGUUAUUUUUCUGGGAAAGAUUUUUUCCAGGCCUUACCAUUCAGCAACUUCGGCUUUGUCGUUGGAAGAACAGUUUGAUGAAAGUCCAGCUAUCCACAGUCACGAAAUCGAAAAUUGCAGUGGUCGGACGAAGGGGGUUGGUAUUCCUAAAAGACCCAGAUUAUUUCCAUUGGCUCUGCGAGUGGUUAAGACUUUGAAUUGGCAGGUUACAAGGAAAAUGAGGUUCCAUAACGCUGAGAAGAUACAUGGUUUUGCUCAUUCAAUUGAUGCAUUUAGAAUCAUUGUUCACAUGUUUGCAUCUGCUGGGAUGGAGAUGGAAGCAUAUUCUUUGCUUUUAGACAUUGUUUGCUAUUAUGAGGUAUUUAAUCGAGAUAUGUUUGAGUUGUUUUCGGUUUUACUGGAUUCGCCACAGCAUUCUGAAAGAUCAAUUGUUGUCUUUGAUGUCCUGAUGAAGGUUUUUGCAGCCAAUUCGAUGCUUGUGAAUGCGGUGGAUGUUUUUUUUGAAACCAAGAAAGUUGGGCUUACGCCAAAUAUUUUUUCAUGCAAUUUCUUGCUUAAGUGUUUGAUGGAAGCAAGUAAAGCAGAUUUUGUCAGACUGUUGUUUGAAGAUUUAAAGAUUAAUGGUCCGUCACCAAAUGUUUAUACUUACACUAUAAUGAUGAAUUUUUAUUGUAAAGGACACUUUGGGCAGGCUGUAGAUAUUGAACACGCAACUGAUAUUUUGAAGGCUAUAGAAAAGAGUGGGGAAAGCACUAGUGUUGUAACUUACAGUACAUAUAUAUAUGGACUUUGUAAAGCUGGUUAUGUUGACUGUGCUUUGGUUUUUCUUCGAGAUUUGAAAUGUAGAAAUCAGCCUCUGAAUAGUUAUUGCUAUAAUUCUGUUAUCUUUGGGUUUUGCCAACAAGGUCAGUUAUGCAAAGCAUUAGAAGUUUUUGAAGAAAUGAAGAAUCAUGGAAUAUUACCAGAUGCUUAUAGCUUCAGUAUUUUGAUUGAUGGGUUUUGUAAGAAAGGGGAUAUUGAAAACGGCCUCCAUAUAGUACACGGAAUGCUGCGUUCUGAUGUAAAACUAAACCAUGUACAGUACAGUUCAUUCUUUACUGGCCUUUGCAAAGUCGGACUUAUUGAUAUUUCACUGAAAAUGUUCCGCAGCCUAAGUGCUUCUGGAUACAAACAUGACCUGAUUUCAUACAGUACCUUAGUCAAUGGAUUCUCUAUGCUAGGUGAUGUGGAUUCCGCCAGCAAACUUCUGGAGGAGAUGAUCAAUAAUAGUUUUGUUCCUGAUUCCUAUACUUUUGGGAUGCUGAUUCACAGGUGCUGUAAGGUUGGACUCUUGGAGAAAGCCAUAGAACUGUUCAAUGUGAUGUGGGAAAGUGGUCUCUUGCCUAAUAUUUUUGUUUGGAAUGUUAUUGUUGAUAGGAUUUGUAAAGAAGGGUAUUUAGAGCAGGCAUUGAAGCUUAUCUAUGAAAUGCAAGAUCAAGGCAUUUUCCCCAAUUCAUAUACAUAUCAUGCAAUUAUUAAGAAGUUGUGUGAAGAGAAAAAAUCUGAAAAGGCACUGGGACUCCUUCCUUCAAUGCUUAAGAUGGAUGUUCUUCACACCAGCUGUUUUAGCUCCCUUAUCGAUGGGUUUGUAAAACAGUCAAACCCGAAGAAGGCUUUGAUAUUGUAUGAAAGAAUGCCAAGACUUGGAAUCACUCCGAAUACAGUCACAUAUACAAUUCUUAUCAAUUUAUUCUGCCAGAGAAACAAAAUGCAACAAGCCUGUAAUAUUUUCAAGGAUAUGAAAAAAAGGGGUUUUAUUCCAGAUGAGGUUACUUACACCUGUCUGAUCGAUGGAUUUUGCAAAAUACAUCGCAUGGAUUUGGCCAAUUUGUUGUUUGAUGAAAUGAUGACAAAUGGUGUAACUCCUAAUGUGAAGACUUAUACAGCUCUCAUUGCUGGGUACAAGAGGCUUGGAAACAUUGAUAGAUGUUAUGAGUUGUUUGAUGAAAUGAAGAAGAAAAGAAUUUUUCCAGAUGAUAUUGCGUGAAUACCUGUGCUACAUUGAUCCUGGAUCUUCCUUCGGUUUAGAGAGUGUUAGAAAACUGUGAAAAAGAUGUGACUGUUACUCUAUGAAAUGUGGAGAAUGGUUCUAUGCUAUAUAUGGAGAUUGGAGGAGCAUGACCUUAACCUGGUUAUUUAAAUAUCUCAUGAGCUGUGAUACUUGAUUACAUGGCAAGGACACAUUUCCAGAUAAGUAACGUAGUAUGCUCAUCUAUGGAUGCACGAGUGGAUUGUGAAAGAAGUAGAAGUUCAUUUGCCUCUGGCUUUAAUUUUGACGAAUCUAUGAGAUAGGAGUUCAAUUCCAGUUACUGGAACAGCUGGAGACUCCAGCUUAAAGCCCUAGCCCUGAACAGUGUUUACAAUAAGCUGUACUUAAGUGAGAAUCACGCUUUCAAGAGUGGAUUUGGAUUGAGCAUCACGCUUUCAAUGGCCAUUCUCAGAUUGUUUAUUUCUGGAGUACCAUUGCUGUCCCAUAUUAUUUAUACAUUGCUUCUUUCCUUUUGUUCCUGAGAUUCUAGUGAAGAUUCAAGGCCUUUGCAGUCAUUAUCUACAAUGGCUAAUGCCAUAUGAAGCCAUUCUCUUUUCCAAUAAGUUCCUUGAGCCUGGGCCUGAC